GUGAAUGAGACCGCUGAUGUUAGCACCGAACCGGAUGACAGUAAAGAUACGUGUUGUAGGCCCUUUGCUCAUAAAAGCGAGACAUUUUAAGGGAAUAUGUCCGAUUUUCGAAGAUCUCACUCCCCCUUGAAAAGGCUCCGUUGUUCUGUCUAACCACUAUUCGGGUUAAAAUAGCCGAAACCGGGGCCUGUCUGCCUGGACAUUCAGAGCCGACCUGCCCUGUUGUGCUCUCACUGCAGAUACAGCCUCCAUGGUUAACAGUAGCCUAGCAGGCUAAUUAUUGACAGUAUAGCCGUUGCUAACCCCAAAACGGUGUGAUGUGCCUGUGUGAGCUGGCUGCAGGGCUGUAGUGCACGGUAGGCCUACCGCACAGGAGGAUGAACGCAGAGGAGGUGGAACUUCUUAGCGACUCCAAGUACAGGAACUAUGUGGCGGCAGUGGACAAGGCCCUCAAGAACUUUGAGUACUCCAGCGAAUGGGCGGACCUCAUCUCCGCCCUCGGCAAACUCAAUAAGGUUUUGCAGAACAAUGCCAAGUACCAGGUAGUGCCCAAGAAGCUGACCAUAGGGAAGCGGCUGGCCCAAUGUCUGCACCCCGCUCUCCCCAGCGGUGUCCACCGCAAGGCCCUGGAGACCUACGAGAUCAUCUUCAAGAUCAUCGGACCAAAGCGGCUGGCCAAGGACCUCUUCCUCUACAGCUCGGGCCUCUUCCCGCUGCUGUCCAAUGCUGCUAUGUCUGUGAAGCCCGUGCUGCUGGGCCUGUAUGAGACCUACUACCUGCCCCUGGGCAAGACGCUGAAGCCAGGCCUCCAGGGCCUCCUGACCGGAGUACUGCCGGGGCUGGAGGAGGGCUCCGAGUACUAUGACAGGACCAACACGCUGCUGGAGAAGGUGGCGUCUGCGGUGGAGCAGGCGGCCUUCUACAGUGCCCUGUGGGGCAGCAUCCUGACCAGCCCGGCCGUGCGCCUGCCCGGGGUCUCCUUCGUCCUGCUCCACCUCAACCGCAAGCUCUCCAUGGAGGACCAGCUCUACGUCAUGGGCAGUGACAUCGAGCUCAUGGUGGAGGCGGUGGGUAUGUCUGUGCAGGACUCCAGUGUGUUGGUGCAGAGGAGCACUCUGGACCUCAUCCUCUUCUGCUUCCCCUUCCACAUGAGCCAGGCAACGCGGCCAGACAUGAUCCGCAUCCUAUCAGCAGCACUGCAUGUGGUCCUGAGGAGAGACAUGUCACUCAACCGCAGACUCUACGCCUGGCUGCUCGGCUUCGAUAACAACGGUGUGAAACUAGGUCCUCGUAGCACGCGGCAUAGCAACCCUGAGGAGCACGCUACGCUCUACUUCAACACCUACUCCAAGGACAUGCUGGUCAAGGCCAUGGUUGGUAUCCUGCAGGGUAAAGCGCGAGGAGGGGAGGAGGAGAGUGUACUGAUGCACGACCUGAAGCCAUUCCGCAUCCUCAUCAGUCUACUGGACAAGCCAGAGCUGGGUCCAGCCAUCCUAGAGGACGUUCUGAUUGAGGUGUACAGGACGCUGCACAGUCAGUGCAGAGCAGAGCUGGACCUGCAGUCCCAGAGCCCCUUCAGCAAGGACCACACGCAGCUCAGCAGCAAACUACGAGAGAACAAGAAGACGGCUGAGCUGAUCAAGACGGCCAACCUCCUCUUCAACUCUUUUGAGCCAUAUUACAUGUGGGACUACAUCGCCCGCUGGUUUGAGGACUGCUGCAGGAAAUCUCAAACGAGCCAUCAGAAUGUUGCAGUGAUUGCUGGGAGCGUCAGCCAUCCGUCAGCGCUGUCAUUGGUGGAGUUCUGUGAGUUAGUAGACUUCCUAUUGGACAUCGUCUCCCUGGAGAUGUACAUCGAGAUCCAGACAGAGCACCUGCCCCAGCUGCUGUUGCGGAUGGUGUCGGCGCUGACGGCCCACCUCCCUUCGCUGGGCCUGGGGGAGCUCACCCACUGCCUGCGCCUCUGCUCCAAGAUCCUCAGCAAGGUCCAGCCCCCCCUGGUCUCCCCGCUGACCCUCCCCCAGCCAGCAGCCUCCUCUUCCGCCUCCACCCCUACGCCUACGCCCACCACCGCCACCGCCUUAACACACAUGCCUGGGGCCACGGCCAGAGAUCGGGGCGACAAGCGGUCUGCCCCUUCCUCUCUGGAGCUACCUGCUGGCGAGGUGUUUGAGGAGGGCGCCGAGGGUCACGGUGUCAGCAGUCGCUCCUCCGAGAGCGGCUUCACGGACUUCGUCCAGUACCAGGAGGACGGGGAACGGCCUCCGCAGCACCGGCACCCCUCUGCAGACUCCACACCCUCCACAGAGGACCCAUCCACCAACGACCACCCCACCCCGACCAACGCCACAGCCACCCCCACCUCCACCUCCACCUCUGCCAGCGCCCCUCGACCCCAGCCCCGAUCAGGCGCCCCCGCGCCCCAGGACAAGCCGGUCAUGCAGUGCUGCCUGGAGCAGUUCCAGCACUUCCUGUCCCGCCUCAUCACCCUAUACAUCACUUCCUCUUCCUCUGACGACAGUGCUGGGGCUGUCACCGAGACCCAGAGGUCAUCACAGUACCAGAGACCUCCCAAAAUGGACACGCUGAAAGUGGGGGGGACGGGGGCUGUCGCGACGACAAGGCAGGGGCAAGUGGGCGGAGACGAGGUGGACGAGCAGGGGCGGAGCCUGGAGCAGAGGGAGUGCCUAUUGGCCUUCACCGCCGCCUGUCAACUCUUCCUGGAGUGCUCCAGCUUCCCCGUUUACAUCGCCGAGGGCAAUAUGAAGGCCACGCCCUCCACCGAGGAGCUCGCAGAUGGCGACGGCGAGCGCCCUCCCGGCUGGCUGCAGUGCCUGAUGGAUGCCAGCUGUGCGGCGGUGGACUUCAGCAUCCAGGCGGUGGCCAUCUCGCUCCUUAUGGAUCUGGUGGGCCUCACCCAGUCCGUAGCCAUGGUUACAGCCGAGCGGGUGGGCAGCUCGGACCCCGCGCCUCCCAUGAGCCCCAGCCAGGGCCGAGUGGCCGUGGUCAUCAGGCCCCCGCUCACGCAAGGCAUCCUCAAGUACAUCGCAGAGAAGACCAACUUCUUCAAGACGGUGGCGUUGAUCCUGUGGGAGCAGCUGGGUGAGGGCACCCCUCAGCAUCACCAGCGCAGUGUGGAGCUCUUCUACCAGCUGCACAACCUGGUGCCCUCCUCCAGCACCUGCGAGGACGUCAUCAGCCAGCAGCUCAUGCACCGGGACAAGAGGGUGCGUUUGGAGACCCAUGUGAAGUUCUCUGUGCUGUGGCAUCUGACCAGGGACCUGAACAUCACCAAGUCUUCCCCCUUCAACCGCACCUUUGACAGGUCUCUGUUCAUCAUGCUGGACAGCCUGUGCUACUGGGACGGCUCUGCCAGUGCGGUGGGCCGGGCGUGGCUGGACCAGGUGCUGCAGCGCCACGACAUCGCCCGCGUCCUGGAGCCCCUGCUGCUGCUGCUGCUGCACCCCAAGACCCACCGCGUCUCCAUCCAGCGCGUGCAGGCCCAGCGCCACUGGCGCCACAACUUCUCCCAGCCCGGCCCGCCAGAGCCGCCCGAGAUGGACCCCUCCGACCCCGACCGCUCCGAGCCCAUCUACAUGAGGGACUCUGGCUUCUCUGACAACUACAACCAUGGCGACGGCCUGAGGGGGCCUCGCGGCGUUCGCGUGCUCCCGUUGGACGAUAUGGAGCCCUUCAGCCUGACCGUCAACCCGCUGAGCGACAGCCUGUCCCUGCUCAGCCUGAGCAGCGAGAACCUGCAGCUGUGCGGCGACUUCGUCACUGCCGGCGACCAGCAGGGGGAGACAGAGCUGCAGCUGCAGAGCUCCGACUCCAGCGGCGGCUCCAACAACUCCACCAUCGACAACGGCAGCUUUGAGGAGCCCGAGGGGGGAGGCACGGGAGGUGGAGAUGGUGGAGCUGAUGGUGAUGGAGAUGGUGAUGGGGGCGAGGGAGUAAAUGGGUGCAGUUCCACAGCCGAGCCACCAGAGGGAGCUCCAGAGGAUGCGGACGACGGCGACGAGGUGGUGGUGUUGGGGGAGCGGGAGGAGGAGGAGGUGGUGGUGGAGGAGGAGGGGGAGGUGUCAGGGGUGCUGGAUGAGCUUCUAGAGAAGGUGGUGCAGGUCCUGGAGGCGGAACCUUCAGACCUGGUCGCUGGUGACCCAGUCGCAGACCCAGACACAAACGACGACGCAGAUGCAGAGACCGGCCAGGACAUUCCCAUCGAGGCCUGGCCUCAGACAGACACGGACAGUACAAACUCCAACUCCUCCUCCAUAGCCUCUGCCUCCACCUCUGUCUACGCCUCCACCACGGAGAUCUCCACAGCGGGCCAGAGACUCGCCCUUGGGCCCUUCCCCACUGGUGCCAACCACCGAACGCUCCCCGAACUAGUAGCCGGAGGCACGCUGGAGUUCCUCUCCAUCGCCACCAGUGGAGGAGGGGGCACCAGCGUCUCCGAGGCCCCCACCCCCACCACCUCCGCCAGCGUGGCCCCUACCCCGUCCACCGGCGCUCCUCGACCAGACGAGCGUCACGAGGGCAUCACCCGGCACAGCUCUUCCCCAUCCAUCGUCAUGCUACCGGACAACAGUAGCACUAGCAGCAGCGGCGGCGGGGUUAGCGGGGUCAGUAGAGCAGGUGUUAUUAGUAGUAGGGGUAGCGGUCCCAGCGUCGGAGGAGGGAGCAGCGUAGGGGGGUCGUCGACAGACCUGAGCGUGUUGCACACGACGACGGUGGACGACCUCCAGGCCCGCAAGCGCAGCCACAGCAGCACGCAACUCAGCCUGAAAGGCAAGAUCAUGGAGAGGCUGGCCGACAAGUCGCCGGGGGCCAAGCCCAAGAUCAAGAAGGCCAAGCGCAAGGAGGAGGAGCGGAAGAGGCAGCAGCAGCAACAGCAGCUCCAUGGUGACCGCAGCCGUCCGCCCAGCAUCUUCUUCGGGGACAGCCUGGACCUGGAGAACUGGUACAGCUGUGGAGAGGGCGAGGUCUCGGAGAUCGAGAGUGACAUGGGCUCCCCCAGCGGAGGAGGAGCAGGAGGAGGAGGUGGAUCAGGAGGAGGUGGCAACGGCGGGUCCAAGCACUCACGUCUCUCCCCUUCGUCGGGCACCUCCCCUCCGCCUCCGCGCUUCAACAUCCACCCUCUGUACCAGCACGUGCUGCUCUACCUGCAGCUGUACGACUCGUCGCGGACGCUGCACGCCCUGACGGCCAUCGCCGCCAUGCUGCGGGCCUCGCCGCCGGGCUUCGUCAGCGCCAUCGCCACCACCGCCGUCAACCACACGCACACGCCGCAGCUGGCCCUGCUGCAGAGCCUGCUGGCACGCCACCGCGUCUCCGUGAUGGGCAAGGACUUCUACUGCCCCAUCCCGCAGCAGGACGCCCACGCGCACCCCUUCAGGGGAGCCAUGUUCCUCGAGGUGGUGCUGUCACUCUGCUUGUACUUCCUGCGCAGCUACUACGCCGCGCACGUGCCGGCGACGGCCCAGGACCUGGCCGGCAACCGGGCCAUGCAGCUGACCAGCGUGGAGGUGCUGACGCUGCUCUUCAGCGAGCUGGCCAAGGUCACCGGCCAGUCGGCCAAGGGCUUCGCCAGCUUCAUUAGCGAUGUGCUCUCCAAGUGCAAAGUACAGAAGGUGGUGCUACACUGCCUGCUCUCAUACAUCUUCAGCGCCCAGAAGUGGCAUGAGCAGCGCUGCAGUGGCGUCAACUCUGCCGCCGUGGAGGAAGGCCUGUCGGAGGACAGCGUCAUCAACCUAUCAGAGGACCAGCUAGACGGAUGCUCCGCCCUCCAGUCCCAGCUGCUCCGCCUCCUCCAGAGCCUGGUGGUGCUGGAGCACCGGGUCCUCUCGCCCUCCGACGAGCACAACCCCGACGGGGCCAGCAGCGGGGCCGGGGUGGGCGCAGGCGCAGGCGUCGGUGGUGGUGGUUCGGGUGUGGGUGGUGGAGGUAGCGGGGGUGGCAGCGGUAGCGGUGGCCCAGGAGGGUUUGAGCUUCUGGUGGGUGAGGUGGAGCACGUGAGCCCCCAGCAGCCCUUCACCUCGCUGCAGUACAUGCACGGGCAGCCCAUCACGGCCCAGGGCAUGUUCCUGUGCGCCGUGAUCCGGGCCCUGCACCAGAACCACGCCUGCAAGAUGCACCCGCAGUGGAUCAGCCUGAUCACCGCCACGCUGCCCUACAUGGGCAAGGUGCUGCGGCGCGUGGUGGCCUCCGUCACGCUACAGCUCUGCCGCAACCUGGACAACCUGCUGCAGCAGUACCGCUACGAGACUGGCCUUACCGAGACCAGGCCCCAGUGGAUGGCCCUGUGCAUUCCUCCUGACCUGAUUCUGACGGUGCUGGAGGGAGUGACUGCCAUCAUCCACUACUGCCUGCUGGACCCCAGCUCACAGUACCACCAGCUCCAGGUGGGUGUGGACCAGAAGCACCUGGGGGAGGCGCGUGCGGGCAUCCUGUCCAUACUGCACACCAUCAUGUCCUCCGUGACCCUGCUGUGGAGCAUCCUCUACCUGGUGGACAACUCAGACCGGCCCAUCGGGGCCGCCGCAUGCUUCUCCUCCAACAUCAACCUCGGCUCCACCAAGAACCUGCGUCAGCAGAUCCUGGAGCUGCUGGGUCCGAUCUCCAUGAACCACGGGGCCCACUUCAUGGCAGCCAUCGCCUACGUCUGGAACGAGAGGAAACAGGUCAAGAGCUCAAACAGGAAUAAGGUGAUCCCCAGUGCGUGUGAGGAGCAGCUGCUGUUGGUGGAGCUGGUGCGCUCUGUGAGCGCCAUGCGGACCGAGACGGUCAUCCAGACGGUCAAGGAGGUGCUGAAGCAGCCGCCCGCCAUCGCCAAGGAGAAGAAACAUCUCUCCCUAGAAGUCUGCAUGCUCCAGUUCUUCUACGCCUACGUGCAAAGGAUACCGGUGUCUAAUUUAGUGGACAGUUGGCCGUCUCUCCUGGCCCUCCUGAAGGACUCGGUGCAGCUUGGUCUUCCUGCCCCGGGACAGUUCCUCAUUCUGGGUGUCCUGAACGAGUUCAUCUUGAAGAACCCCAAUCUGGAAAGCAAGAAGGACCAGCGAGAACUGCAGGAUGUGACUCAUAAGAUCGUGGAGGCCAUCGGCACGAUCGCGGGCUCCUCUCUGGAGCAGACGACCUGGCUGAGAAGGAACCUGGAGGUCAAGCCCUCCCCGCAGAUCGUCGUGGACGGAACCACGCUGGAGGCGGACGUGGAAGGAAAAAGUCCCUGGUUUACAACUCAGAGACCUGGUACCAACACAGAUCUCAUGCUGACAGUGAUGGAGGCCUCCAGCUUCACUCCGUCUGUGUACAGUGUUCACGCUCUCACACUGCUGGCAGAGGUACUGGCGCAUCUCCUGGAUAUGGUUUUCUACAGUGAUGAAAAGGAGAGGGUCAUUCCCCUGCUGACCAAUAUCAUGCACUAUGUGGUGCCUUAUCUUCGCAAUCACAGUGCCCACAACGCCCCGAGCUACCGUGCGUGUAUCCAGCUCCUGAGCAGCCUGAGUGGGUACCAGUACACGCGGCGCGCCUGGAAGAAGGAGGCCUUCGACCUCUUCAUGGACCACACCUUCUUCCAGAUGGACUCCUCCUGUGUCAGCCACUGGAGGGCCAUCAUAGACCACCUGAUGACGCAUGACAAGACCACCUUCAGGGAUCUCAUGACCCGUGUGGCGGUGGCUCAGAGCAGCUCUCUAAACCUGUUCACCAAUCGCGAUGCGGAGCUGGAGCAGAGAGCCAUGCUGCUGAAACGCCUGGCCUUCACCAUCUACAGCAGCGAAGUGGACCAAUACCAGAAGUACCUGCCAGACAUACAGGAGCGUCUGGUGGAGAGUCUGCGUCUGCCGCAGGUGCCCAUCCUGCAUGCUCAGGUCUUCCUCUUCUUCAGGGUGCUGCUGCUCCGCAUGUCCCCCCAGCACCUCACCUCUCUCUGGCCCACCAUGAUCACAGAGCUGGUCCAAGUGUUCUUACUGAUGGAACAGGAGUUGAUAGCUGAUGAAGACAUCACCAGGACGUCAGGGCCGUCGGUGGCGGGCCUGGAGACCACCUACUCAGGGGGCAACGGCUUCUCUACCUCCUACAACAGCCAGCGCUGGCUCAACCUCUACCUGUCCGCCUGCAAGCUGCUGGACCUGGCCCUGGCCCUGCCCUCAGAGAGCCUCCCACAGUUCCAGAUGUACCGCUGGGCGUUUGUCCCGGAAGCGUCUGACGACUCUGGGCUGGAGGUGCGGAGGCAGGGGACACACCAGAGGGAGUUCAAGCCGUACGUGGUGCGCCUCGCCAAGCUGCUGAGGAAACGAGCCAAGAAGAACCCGGAGGAGGACUGUUCCACGCGCAUGCUGGCGUGGGAGCCAGGCCACCUGAUGCUGACGCUGUACGUGAUCCGCAGCAUGGAGCAGCUGCUGCCCUUCUUCAACCUCCUCAGCCAGGCCUUUAGCAGCAAGGCCAGCAGCCGCGGAGGAGGAGGAGGAGGAGGAGGAGGAGGAGGAGGAGGACCCACUGGAGCCACCACUUCUACUGACGGCUCCUCCUUCUCCAUCCCCAACAAGGACGCUGGUGGUGGGGGCAAGCUGGAGAGCCAGAAGGUCUUCUGGAGCCGCGCGAGGCAGAACAUCGAGGAGAUGGUGGAGAAGGACUUUCUAGAAGGACUCAUCAAGACGUGACGUGACGUGGCGAUGGCGAUGGUGAGGCGACGGUCAGGGUCGCUGACAGCUUUGGCUGGGCUCGGGACAAAGUCAUCUCACACACUCGGUACAAACAAUGGAACGGGGACCCAAUUCUGGACCCCUUCUCUCCCUGCCUGGGCCCGGAACAACUGACCCCUUUGUUGUCCCCUGCUGUCGGCGUCCCUGGCCGUGGUGACAGGGGCCGUGACUGUGAUGUGUAACAUGACAUGACCACUAAAACACAGGGAAACUUUGACCGAAAAGGGAACCUGCUGUACAUAUUACCCAGAAGACCUCAGAACUUGCAUAGAACACACACAAAAAAACAGACAAAACGGACAAAUGACAUGGGUUUGAAAAUAAUAAUAAUAAAAAAAAUGACAUUUGUACAUUUUUUGUUUUGUAUUUAUAACGACUUGUAAUUUUCUUUCUUUUUUUAUUUUUAAAAAGUGACACUUAUUUAACUUGAAAAUGACUUUUUUUUUGUUUCUACAUUGUGGAGCUGCUUUGACUACACUAAAAAGUUGAGAGAGCUGUGACUUUAUCCCAGGUGGCGUGGGGACAGGCAUCCAUACGUUUCCGUGCGCCAUUCCAUAAAUAACUGUGGUGUUAUUACUCAUGAUUUUAAAAAAGUAUGGUGAAAUAGAGACUUCAUCAAAAAACAUUCAUCACACAAAUCAUGUUCUUAUCAGUAUAUAUUUAGGAUUCAACAAUAUACAGUAGCCUGAUGAGCCUGCCACGGAACAAAACUUGCACAUCGCCUUUUGAAUACAUAGUACCAUAUCAUUCCUAACCAAAUAUCAUGGAUAUCUUUAAUUUGAAUGUCUAAAUUGAUCAAUGUUGCAAUAUUUUUUUAUUUUGCUGUAGAGGGUAACAAAAUGUGUUUUGUCCAGCAGCAUGGGGAAGGGAGCCGUUUAGAUUCUGAUUUCUAUAACUCAUGGAAACUCAUACCCUUUAGAUUCUGCGAUGACUUUGUCAGGACAAGAGACUGACAUGUUUUAUGUACAGUAUGUAUGUGGAGAGAAAUCUUGUGUGGCUUGGAAUAAAAUAAUAAUAAAUCAA